CAUGGAGGAAACUUCCCUGUGUUCACAGAAACCGAUGAUAAUCAUGACUAUGCAGCCCCCUGAGAAUGAGAGACUCCGAAAAGGGGGGAAUGUCCAAGGGCUGAACUAAUCACAAGAAGGAGACCGAGGACAACGCUUCUGGACAAAGUGAAGCUACAGAAAAGUAAUAGAGCAAUUGCAGUGUAGAUGGAACGCAGUAAUCACAAUUGAAAAGACGGUCCUCUCAUACUCACACGAAGUGUCCUCCUGAAUGUGGUCAGGCGAUCAGGUUCUGGCAGUGCCUGCGGACAGCAACGGCAAACAGAUAUUAUCCAUUCCAAGUCCUGCCAGACAUUAAAGCCCGCCUCCUUUCAGAAUUGUUGUGUGUAACAGUGGGCCUUUCGGCCGGCAGGGACGGAGCGGACCGGCGCGGGUUCUGGGCGGGGAUGACCCCGGCGGGCCCGGGCCGGCCCGGACACCGAAGCCCGACUUUAGAUCUCUGCCCGACCUCGGGCCCCGACCAUUUCAACUCCUCUUCUCGCCAGAAGUCGAUCCUGAUCUCGCGUCCCAAGCCGCAUCCACCAUUCUUUUCCAUAACCCUUCAAGUUUCACCUCGCAGUCUGGCUGUCACGCCCCCUUCUUUCAAAUAAAUGAUCCCUAAGCCAUCCUCGCAACGACAACAUUCGCCAUAUUGCGCUCGGCCGACGGUCCGCUACACCGCCCCGGCUUCGCGCUUAGUCCGUCGUUGAAGAAAUCGGCUCCGGCCCAAAACCGAAGUCGGCAGUCGCCCUUCACGCGCCGAAACCAAUACUCCGGCACUACUACCGCCAACGCAGACGACGAUGACGAGAGACAAACCCGCGGCGCAAGCUGCCACUCCCACUGCGACCGCUAGUCCGGCUCCCGUUCCCGCCGACGACCCAGCCUCGUACACGAGGUCGACCACCAUGAUAACAGCGGAGGAAGCGGCAUUUGGCGACAUGACCAGCGCCACAACAACGACGACCAGCACAAACCACAGCCGCCACUCACGCAGCAGCCGCAAAAUCCCCCGCCCCACGCCGUCUAGCCUUUGAUGUCGGAGUCAACGCUUGUUGCCUCGACCGGCGACGAGGAGGACGAGGAGCAAGAGCAACUAUCAAACGAAGGAACGGAGAGUACUUGUCUCCGGAGACCAGCAGGCCGACUGGACCUCAACGCGACAUCGGUGACAAGUCUUCAGCUCAAAGACUAUAUUUGCGCCAUCGGACGGCCAGUCCCCCGCUCG